GUUGCACCGAGAGCAAAUAACCCAGCAACAAACAAAUGGGAAGCGACAGGCAACAAGAGGAGAAGAAUAAGAAGAAGAAGAGUAGGAAAAGGAGCUCCUCUUCAGCUUCUGAAGAUGAGGGGAAAGGUAAGAGGCAUAGAACAGUGGAAGAUGAGGAUAGGAAGAGCCGAAAGAGUGACAACAAGGACAAGAAAAGGUCACAUAAGCAUUCUGAUAAAGAAAAGAAGACAAAGGAUAAGCGUAGAAGUAAACGUGCCCCCUUGAACAUUGAGAUCCAAGAACUGUCCGGUGAUGACUACUUCUCUAAGAACAUUGAGUUCUCCACAUGGCUGAAAGAAGAGAAAGAUGUGUUCUUCUCUGAUCUUUCUGCAGAUUCUGCACGGAAACUGUUUUCAGACUUUGUGAAAGCUUGGAACAAGAAAAAGCUUGAAAUCAGAUACUACGAGGGGAUUGGAACUGCACCCCGGUCUGCUCAUAAUUGGAGAAUUAAAGGGUGAAAAGCAACAUUAGCAGUGGAUCUCUGCUCUUGUGCUCUGCAUACCAUGUUUUGUUUUUGCUUUUUAAUCAAUAGGUUUUAUGUCUACCCAGUAAUGCCUCGUAUACUUAUUGUCACAAUACCCCACAUGUAGCCUAAAUUCUUUCUUGAUCUUUUCUUUUGUAAGUUUUAACUGGUAGAGCAGCAGUCGACUCCAUGUAGCUAUGUAUCUUAACUGGAGGGUUGGUGACGUUUCUUAAUAAUCAAGUAGUAAUGAAGAAUUUGCUCUUUUC